AACAACAUAUAUCAAAAGUAGCGUUUUAGCAACCUCCCUCUCCCUCUCCCUCUCCCCUCCUCCCUAUCAAUCUCAGCGAUGGCUUUUGCCAAAGCUCAGAAAACAAAAGCUUACUUCAAACGUUAUCAAGUCAAGUUUAAGAGAAGAAGAGAGGGAAAGACUGAUUAUCGGGCCAGGAUUCGUCUUAUCAACCAGGAUAAGAACAAGUACAAUACUCCCAAGUAUCGAUUUGUUGUCCGCUUUUCCAACAAAGAUAUUACAGCACAAAUUAUUUCAGCUAGCAUUGCUGGUGACAUAGUCCUUGCUUCAGCUUAUUCUCACGAGCUUCCCAAAUAUGGGCUUGAAGUUGGUCUAACUAACUAUGCUGCAGCAUAUUGUACUGGACUUCUCUUGGCUCGACGUGUCUUGAAAAUGCUCGAGAUGGACGAAGAAUACGAAGGCAACAUGGAGGCUACUGGUGAAGAUUUCUCAGUUGAGCCAGCAGAUAGCAGGAGGCCGUUCCGUGCUCUUCUUGAUGUUGGUCUUGUUAAAACUACAACUGGAAAUCGUGUUUUUGGUGCUCUUAAGGGAGCUUUGGAUGGUGGAUUGGACAUUCCUCACAGUGAAAAGAGGUUUGCUGGUUUUUCCAAGGAUGGUAAGCAGCUCGAUGCUGAAGUUCAUCGAAAGUAUAUUUUUGGUGGCCAUGUUGCUGCCUACAUGCGGUUGGAUGUUCUGUUGAAAUGGUUUUUUCAGACCUUGAUGGAAGAUGAACCAGAGAAAUAUCAAUCUCACUUUAGCGAAUAUAUCAAGAAAGGUAUUGAUGCUGAUAACAUUGAGGGAUUGUACAAGAAAGUCCAUGCAGCCAUUCGUAAAGACCCAGUAGCGAAGAAAUCUAACAAGCAACCACCCAAGGAACACAAGAGGUACAAUUUGAAGAAGCUGACAUAUGAAGAAAGAAAAGCUCGCUUGGUUGAGCGAUUGAAUGCUCUUAACUCUGCAGCUGAUGCUGAUGAUGAUGAUGAGGACGAUGAGUGAAAAGAUUAAGAUUAUGAAACAUGAGUUGGUGUCUGCAUCCGGAUUUUAAUGCAGUUCUUCUAAGUUUCCUUUUUCGUUCUAGAACUUUUUACAUCUUCGAAUUGUUCUGUUACGUAGAUAAUUAUACUUUUGCUCGUCCACACUUGUUGUAAUGUUAGAGAUCCAGCAGUAAUGCUAAUCAAUUUUUGACUAA